AUGGCAAUGACAACGACUGCAGCAACAGACGAAAUGGCCACAAUCAGCAACCCAUCCACUGUAGCUAGUGCUCAAGCCAACUCGGCCAAGCUUUGGUCUACUUUCGAAGAUCUAAGAUUAUGUGCUGCAGUAUCUCAAAACGACGACAGAUGGAUGUUGAUUGCUUCGGCAUUCCCUGGAAGAAGUGCCGCUGAUUGCAUGUCCAGAUAUAAUGAACUUGUCGCUGACAAUCUAGCCCCUCCAAUCCUAAAACGGCGCAACAACACGGCUGAUCCAAGACGACCAAAGAAACCCAAAAUCGCUCCUCCUACUCCCGCUGCUACUGGCAAUAGUGCAAGCAGUAGUAGUGGUAGGGCUCUUCACAUUAAAUCAUCUCUUACUCCGUUAUCGGAUAGUGCCGUACUCAACAAAAAGACAAGCCCUCCACCAACUCCAAACAUGUCUGAAAUCAAGGAGAUGAAGAAAAAACCUCAUAAAGUGACGAAGCCCGCUUCUGACGGAAUAGUCCAGUCAUCAACCAAGAAACGAACCGCUCCUCGAAUUCCCAACAUUCCACCACGUCCCAAUGAAUCACUUCCUGCAAGCGACGUAUAUCAUCACGCUGCACCAUCUUCCAACACCCACAUGGAUAUAUAUGACAACACUAUAGAGCGACUCAAUCAGCCACAACAUUCUCAGGAUUUGAAUCUCUACUUUUCAGACAUUUUUGAUGAGUCGGUUCAUCAGCAACAUCCACCCUUGGAAUUGUCUUCAGACGGUCAUGCUCUAGCGCUUGCAUCCGCAUUUGCUAUGGAAGAUAUUGAAGACGAGGAAGACGAUGCCGAUGAUAGUGCUAGUACUGUCGACUCUAUUCUUGCAACUGAUGGUCACAAUCCAACUUCACCAAGCGACGAGAUGGACUUCUUGUUUGGUGAAUACUUGGAAAACUUGCCAAGCAGUGAAAGGGAUAACAUUCUACCCCCAAUGCCUGCCCACCCUCACUGGGUGCAUGAUGCAUCUUUUGGAUUUACCUGUGAGCAAGCUGAAACUUUAAAGGACCAGAUGCUCGCAAACUUUCAAAUAUUGGUGCAAGCCUUCACAUUCAGCUCAGAAUUAUAUGGUGCAGCUGAUUCCACUUCUGGAUUUUUCUCGUCUCAAUUGAAUAAACUUCGAGAUCUUCAACGGCAUGCUAAAACCCAGAAACUGGAGCGAUCAGUGUUUAGACACCCAGCCUUGUCCAUCAUUCCAUCCAUAAUCAAGUCAGAGCCACAUCCCAAUGACAAGAAGAGGCACGAAUGUAUUACCAACGCUUUUGAAAAUCCCACCCAUCGUAAAGACUAUGAUCGAAUGAAUGAACGCAUACAUGGCGAUUCCUUUGACGAAUGGAUGACGAGUAUUCGAAACAACGGAGAUAUGGUUUGGAAGGCUCGCACGUGUGUAUCGCCGUGGCCGGCAUUAUUGGAUAGAAUCGUCUCAUCUACUCCAGAAUUCUUUCAUGACGAUAUCCUUCCUAUUGUCAUUCCAGUUCGACGCCAUCGAAACCCAUUUUUAGAACAUGAAGACGAGUUAUUAAGAAUGGGAUCUGAACGUUGUGGUGGUGAUCUUCGGGAAGUUCGUGCUCGAUUCCUUCCUGCUCGUACCGUGGUGCAAAUGAAGACACGUAUAUCGAAUUUGUCGUCCAGAGGAGGUGCCGACAAUCCCAUACGUCGUUUCCAUCUAUUGCCAUUCAAACCAUUGACAGAACUGGAACGUCAUAUAUUACGCGAGACCUGUCGCAAACUUGGACCUCGCUUUGGCCAUACUGCUUUAAUAGCUCGUCCUACCAUGCUGCUUGAUGCUACUCUCGACUUGAUGGAACUGCAUGGAGAAUAUCAAAGCUCUUCCAAACGGCCACUUCCACCAGCUAGGAACAGCCAGUAUAAAUCAUACAAAGCUAUCGCAGAUCAAAGGAUUCACCAGCAGCAUGCAUUGAGUCUUCCAUCACCCACAUCGAUGCCCUCAUUUUCAGCACCAACGCCAUCAGCAAAUAAUUUCGUGCCCCCACCGCGAGUGAAGCCGAUCAACGUGAAGCAAUCGAAAAAUCAAGGCAAAGCCCACAAUCAAAAGAAACAGUCAAAGCAGGACAAUGUAAAUAAGAAACCAACAGCCAUCCCACAGACCACAUCUUCAUCUCGCCCACCACUCCCGCGUGCACACCCUCGACCGAUAGCCCCUCGUCUCGACUCGCAUUCUGAAGUGCCGCAAAGUAAAGCAUCUCCAGGAGCCACUCAGAAUCAACCCUCCGCAACAACGCCAUCUCACGAAGGCAUCCAGUUUCCAGAUGAUGGAGACAUGAAUGUCAAAUCACCAGCUCUUGGAUCAGAAGCCUACUUUGCCGAAUCUGAAACGGAAAACCUGGCAGCCGGAUGGAGCUCGGAGCAAGAUGAUGGAAACUUUGGACAUGGCGAAGACUUUUUGGAAUUGAUCUUCUCGUCGCCUCAAAAGCAAAUACCAAACACCAAGAAGGGCCAAGGAAAAGGCGGAAGGAAGAGGACCAAAGACGGAAACAGAGAUAUCUAUCCCGUACCACAUGUUGGUGGUCCACGACAUCGCAGUCUAUCUCGCGGCCGUGGUAAUUCAGUAUUGAGUGAUCAUGGUCUUCCAACACCGAUAUCUUUACCGUUUGUGAGCGAGACAGAGAAGGAACGUGCCAAGUCACUACCUACUGUAGAACAUCAUGCUACCACUCCGUUUGUAAUGAAUCCCUUCGUAAUGUCAUCACUUGCUUCCAUGCCGCAUAUGGCUCAGAUGCAACUGCAGUCGAUGCAGCACAUGCCGAUGCCAUCACUAGAUAUCAAUAGUCAACCAGGAUUCUCAGUUCCACCGACUGCCUAUAUGCCAGCUGCACCAUAUGGAGCACCAUAUAUGUUCCAGCCAGUAUGGCCGACUCCACAAAUGAGUAUGGAACAGCUAGCUGCUUUUGGAUUGCAGUGUCUGAUGACUCAGGCUCAUGGACAACCCUCUAUGUAUAACUAUCCACCUGGUUACAAUAUGAUGCCGGUACCAGUCCCACAAUAUGUAUCGAAACCAAGACAGGAUGAACAAAAUAGUCCAGCUGAUAGCGCAGAUGGUUGA